AUGGCGCGUCUCACCCAUCAGUUGCGCCUUUCGUCGCUAUCCAUGAUCGCGUCUUGCCUCGCGUCCACAUACGCAUUACCCACGAAAACGUUGAAUUCAACCUACUUUCCACCAAGAAACAUAUCUGCCAUCCCUUCGAAUUUGACCUCCAAGGUCGGCAGCUUGUUUAUCAACCCAGGAGGGCCGGGUGGAAGUGCAUCGGAACUCAUCGCCCAGCUCGCACUGGGCGCGAUCCAGAGUGAAGUAUUCCUAGCAAGCUUCGACUUCAUUGGAUUAGAUCCCAGAGGUGUAGGACUGAGCAGUCAAGUCCAGUGCGACAUGGAUAUCUACGCAGAGAGGGUGUCCCUGUUUCCUGAAACUGAAGAAGACCUGGAGAAGUUGAUAGACAAGAACAAGAGGCUGGGGGAAUCAUGUCGGGAGUUGACGGGCCCGCUGCUGGAACACCUCGAUACUAUCAGCGCCGCGAAAGACCACGAAGCUGUUCGCGUAGCACUCGGCAACGACCCUAUCAACUUUGUCGGUAUGUCCUACGGCUCACAGCUCGGCGCCCAAUACGCAGCUCUUUUCCCUGACAACAUCCGCACUCUCGCCAUCGACGGUAUCUUGCAGCAUUCUCAGUCGGAAGCCGCAAACAUCUUCAUCGAGACAUCAUCCUACGCCCUUGGACUGACUCACUUCUUCGAUUGGGCCUCCAAGAAUGAGUCGUCGGUGCUCCGGGGCCAGGACGCUGAAGCACUGUGGGUAUCGCUUCUCAUAAAUGCAACUUCGACCCCCAUCCCCGCAGCAUCAUGCAAUGGCACAGACUGCCGCUCCGAUGUGAAUUCCGAAGAAAUCAUGUUUAACGCACAAAGCUACUUAGACUUCGCAGGUCAAGGAGUUGGCUUCGGCUCUUCCUGGGAAUUGCUAGCCUCUGCUUUGUACAACGCCACUCAAGGCGAUGCCUCCGCACUAUCCACAUCCUUCUCAGACCCAACGUCUAUCUCCGGUCUCGCAAUUGGUUGUCUCGACUGGACGCACUCAUCCUCCUCUUCUCUCGCUGACAUCCUAGCACAAAGAGCUAUGGCUACAGAGUUCUCCCCGCUGACUCGUGGCGUAAGCGAAAUGUGGCAGCUUCAGCAUUCGUGCCUGGGCUGGCCCAUACCAGUGAAAAAUCCCCCAAAGCAGCUGGACGUGAACACGAAAGCGACGAUUUUGAUGACGCAGAGCACCGCAGAUCCGAUCACGGGGUUGCCAUGGGCGUUGGGAAUGCUAGGGGAGAUACGAAACAAGGUGCUGGUUCUUAGGCAGGUUGAUGGACAUACGAGCCUUCCGCUAGGUGGAAAGACCGCUGAAAUGAUCUUCACCUAUCUAAUUACAGCGUCUGCGCCAGAGCAAGGGCUUGUGAUAGAUUCCUAGUAUGUUUGUGGGUCAGACAAAUAUUGCUCGCACAUUCAAUAUGUUUCAGACAAUAUGAUAAGCCCAAACAUAGAUGUGCCCAAAUCACACCAAAGAAGAACCGCACAGCUACAUAACUGAGGACGAGAUUCAAUGGCGUGCUGACGUUUUGGACUGGACUAUCAACGAUCUCUUCGGAUACUUGGGGAGAAAUUGAUAAAUUUAAGUUAGUAACCUUUUAUCUUGAAUCAGUUAACAUUUCUGAUUUCGGAUACUUCGAGUGAAUAAAUGGGAUCGUGUAUGGGUUGUAUCUGAAAUGUCACAUAAAAGGAGCGCCGAAGUUACCAAACAAGAAUCACAAAAGAUUGCAAUAGAGAGCGCAUCAUGAUGAACAACUGAAAACAAAUAUGCUUGAGACACACGUACAGUAGUGUCUUCCAAUGCAAGAAACCAUAGUAUCAAUGCAUGCG